UUCCUCCCCAGGUGACAGCAUACAAGAAAUCAGAGCAUGGCAACGAGGGGGACACAGGGGUGCUGACCUGCAAGAAUCCCUCUUACCCUGCUGUCACCACCUGGUCCUGGCACAAAAGUGGGCACGGGCGCCUGGAGAACGCCUCUGGCAGGUACAUCAUCAAAUCCAGCGGCAACAAGACGGAGCUGAGGAUCCUGAAGCUAUGAUGAUGGAGGCUCUGCACCACUGAAGAGCAAUGCCACAAACCACAAGGACAAGAACGUCCGCCAGAGGAACGCCAACUGAGAGAGGCCCAGGUGAUGCGUAGAUGAAGAACUCGUCUGGACAAUUUUAUUUUCUUGUAUUUUUUUUUUUUGGUAAAAUAGCACCAUGGAAUAUUCUAGUGCGUCCCUGAGAUUCAGUUACUUCACUUUCUAAGGAAACUUUUAAGUUGUAGAAAUAUAAAAUACACUUUUUUUUUUUUUUUAAAGAGUCGUGGGAGGGUUUUUUUUCUACCUGUAAAAUGUAAAAUCCUUUGUUCCUGGUAGUCUAGAUCUCUUGACUGUCUCUGUCCUAGGUUAUUUCAUGUUGGUACAGAGUGGGGAAGGGGGGUGGGAAUGCAGCUGUGUCUCACCUGCUUAUGGGAAUGAGGGAGGAGCUGCUUUGGUGGCUGUGGGGAGAUGACCUGAGAGGGUUCAGGAAGGGGUUUUGUGUCUUUCCCAGUGCAUCACCAGGAGCAGGGCUGCACCUUUUCCCUGGCCAGGGCUCCCUGUCAGCUCCUGCCAAGCUGCUCUUGGUUACUGUGCAGCCAGGGGCUGGAUGCUGGAUAAAUGAUUGCUGGAUAAAUGAUUGCUGUAACUUAUUCCAUGGGUUGUUCGUGUCUGUGCAGUGGGGAGGGGCAGGCUGAGCUGGGGCUGGGGGUGAUUUUAAGGUUUUAACAGCUUUGUGCUUUGUGCUUGAGCCGUUGUGAUUUGGGGGCUGUGAGCAGACGGGUGCUCAGGGGAGUCUAACACCUUUACUGCUGGUUAGCAUUGAGCUGUUCCAUCUGUUAACACUUCACAAAUAAAGAUGAUUCCUCUCUCUUUUUUCCA